AUGUCACAGUUUAAUGAAGGUUUGGAUAUGAAUCUGGGGAAUCAAGUAACAGUUAGUGGAAAUAUCAAUAUUUUAAUUUUUGGUCAGGAUAUUUGGGACUAUAAAGGUAGUAUCAAAAUGGGUCGAUUAAAUAUUCGGAUUGGUUUCGGAUCAUUGGGUCGUCCAACCAAUGUACUCGAAAUAGCUCCGGAAACACUGGCAACAUUGGGCACCGAUAUAUUCAUUCAACGAAAUUAA